AUGACGCAGAGUUCCCAGGCUUCCAUUGUUAAGAUCGCCGGUGCGGGGCUGCGGCUCUCACUGCUUCUUAAUGCCGCAGCUUGUCAACUUGCGCAGUCCAAGCUGGAGAUACACAGCAUCGCCAAGGGCAUCUCACUAUUUGCUUUAACCCUCAAGGAUGCUGGACAGACUAUUGAAUCAACGGGCUUCCAUCGGACACCAGAGGCAACAGAGAAGGCAUGGGAGAUCGCUGGCCAGGGCCAGAUGAUUUUCAUCGAGAUUGAACACAUGCUGGACAUGCUAAAGUCAACCGAUAGGGAUGAUGACCUGAGGAGGAUUCCUCUCCAAGAGAGACUCAAGUGGUGCUUUCAGAAGCAGCACGUAACCUACUUGCUUGCACAACUUGAUUCUCUUAAGCUCAGUCUGAUUGUUUUACUUCAGAUUUUACAGCUUGGGAGUAUCAUCAAAUCCAACGUUGAUGAUGGAAUCGAUGCUGAGUCGUUGCCAUCAGUUGCUGAUGACACCAUCGCCCAAGAAAAAGCAGACUCGCAGAACAUGAUCAUUGUACGUUACUGGUCAUUGAAACGUCUUGACCGGCUCUGGGAUCUCGUGGAACAGGAGGCGAGAGAUGCAGCAACCAGCCAGACAAAUCAGAGAAUUCAUUCAAAUUAUUUGUCAAGCACGGCUUCCGCGUCGAAGCCAUCGGUUGCUGCUACUCGUGCCUCUGAUCCUAUCCGAAUGCCUGUCGUGACUUUUGGAGAAAGUGAUGUUGGUCUGAGCAACAUGGAACGAUCGCCAAAGGAUAUGGUGCAGCUUUCUGAAAGUGCCAUGAACCGUUUACUUUCAAUCUGGGUGCCCCUUAUUGAUCUUUCGAAGGUACAAAAUGCUGGAAAGUUGAUCGAUGCAUCUGGAAAGCAUGCCCAACCUCGUGUCUAUGUCUCCUCUGACACUGACGAUGAUGACGCCGGAUCGGACUUUGAGGGCCUCGAUGUACGGGGCUACUAUAUCGAGGGACCCACAGUUGACUGGAGAGACCCCCAUUCCCAAGAAGCACGACAGCAAGCCGCUGAACUCCGCCGAAAGUAUUCAAAUUACCAGGCUCGGGUAGAAAUCGAGUCAGAGCCGGAAGAUAUAAUCAAGCGGGGAGACAGUCGAAAUAAUUCCAGGAUCAUUAUUGACUCGAGCGACGAGGGCGAGCAAAGAUCAACUCUCAGUCCCUCUCACAGCAAGCAGGUUCCCAGUCGCGUCCACGCCAGCAGUCUCUCCUCUCGAUAUCCCUCUAGCUGGACCAAUACAGAGAACCGGCCAUAUCCAAGUGGCAGCUUCCCACCUCCUAUCCACACCCUACCACGCCCACCACCGCACUUCUCAGGACCACCGUCACCUCACUCACAAACGAAACCACCCCAAGCAUAUCCUCAAAGCACACCACAGCAACCCUACAAUCAUAAUAAUUCCCAGCCCUAUGCCCCAACCCCUCGAUCAAUCCCAGUAAACAAACAAACCGGUCCCUCCAUGACAACACCCUACCCAUCCUCCCGAGGCCACUCACCAAACCAAGUCCAUUUCGGGCCUCCGUGGGGCCAGCCCCAAGCCCCAUAUAACAACAACCCACAGCGCCGGCCCCAUCCAUCAGUCUACCCACUCUCGACAUCUACACCCGAAAUGGGCUUCCAACCCCCAUCGCCUCGCUCACGACAUCGAUCACCAACCCGCUCGCGUCACUACUCCUCGCGCAGCUCCCGCGAUUCCCAUGAUUCCCAUGAUUCCCGAGAACCAAGGGAGGAGGCUAAGGAGCGCCGGAAAGACUUAACUAAGAAAGCUACAAGGGGCUUAGCUGGUAUUGGUGCUAUCGCCGGGUUCUUAGAUGCGUUGGAGGCAUUUAGCCUUACCUGA